GGGAGCUGGAACCUGGGUUGGGCAAGGAGGCAAGUAGAACGGUUGUGGCGGCAGCAGCCUGAGGAGCGGUGAGGCAUUCGGGUGGCGGGAACCGCGGUCAUGGACCAUAUCACGGUGCCCAAGGUAGAAAACGUGAAAUUACUGGAUCGUUAUGUAGGUAAGAAACCAGCUAAUGGGAGUCUAUAUCUUACUGCAACCCACCUGAUCUAUGUGGAGGCUUCUGGUGCAGCCCGAAAAGAGACAUGGAUUGCACUGCAUCAUAUUGCCACUGUGGAGAAGUUGUCCAUCACUAGCCUGGGUUGUCCCCUGAUCCUCCGCUGUAAGAACUUCCGGGUGGCCCACUUUGUUUUAGAAUCUGACGUUGUGUGCCAUGAGGUUUACAUUUCACUGUUAAAGCUUUCUCAGCCAGCAUUACAUGAAGAUCUGUAUGCUUUUUCUUACAAUCCCAAAUCCUCAAAAGAGAUGAGGGAAAAUGGAUGGAAGCUGAUUGACCCAAUAUCAGACUUUGGACGUAUGGGACUUCCUAACAGGUACUGGACCAUAACAGACGCCAACAGAAACUAUGAGAUAUGCAGUACCUACCCUCCUGAAAUAGUGGUUCCUAAAUCUGUUACAUUGGGAACGGUGGUUGGAAGUUCGAAGUUCAGAAGUAAAGAACGUGUGCCUGUGCUCUCCUACCUCUACAAAGAGAACAAUGCUGCCAUUUGCUGCUGUAGCCAGCCUCUGUCUGGAUUUUAUACUCGUUGCAUAGAUGAUGAGCUCCUGCUACAGGCUAUUAGCCAGACGAACCCAGGGAGCCAGUUUAUGUAUGUUGUAGACACCAGACCAAAGUUAAAUGCCAUGGCCAACCGAGCAGCUGGGAAGGGGUAUGAAAAAGAAGACAACUAUUCCAACAUUCGCUUCAGGUUCAUGGGCAUUGGGAACAUCCAUGUGAUGCGGAGCAGCCUGCAGAAACUCUUGGAAGUUUGUGAUUUGAAAACUCCAACAAUGAGUGAAUUUCUUAGCGGCCUGGAGAGCUCAGGGUGGUUGAGACACAUUAAAGCUAUUAUGGAUGCUGGAAUUUUCAUUGCAAAGGCAGUGAAGGUAGAAAAGACCAAUGUCUUAGUCCAUUGUUCUGAUGGGUGGGACCGCACAGCACAGGUCUGCUCUGUGGCCAGCAUCCUCCUAGAUCCAUUUUAUAGGACAUUCAAAGGACUCAUGAUCCUGAUAGAGAAGGAAUGGAUAUCCAUGGGCCACAAGUUCUCCCAAAGGUGUGGCCACCUGGAUGGGGACUCUAAAGAAGUAUCCCCUAUCUUCACACAGUUCCUAGACUGUAUCUGGCAAUUAAUGGAACAAUUUCCUUGUGCCUUUGAGUUUAAUGAAAAUUUCUUGCUGGAAAUUCAUGACCAUGUUUUCUCCUGCCAGUUUGGGAACUUCCUUGGAAACUGCCAGAAGGAUCGAGAAGAUCUGAGAAUCUAUGAGAAAACCCAUUCCGUGUGGCCUUUCUUGGUUCAGAGGAAACCAGACUUCAGGAACCCUCUCUAUAAAGGCUUCACUGUGUAUGGGGUACUCAAUCCUAGUACUGUGCCCUACAACAUUCACCGUGUGGCCAAAAGGCUCUUGGUGCUCCAGCCAGGCGUAAACUUGAAGCUGAAGAAGUUGGCAACCAAGAAACAUCAAGGAGACAGAAGAAAAAGACAUGUGAAGCCUGCCCUCUUUAGCCAAAGGACCAAAAAAUGGGCAGCCUUAGUUAGAUAA